AUGCUGUCAGAUCCAGAAGUAACAGUCUUGGGCGCUGAUCCAGCCCAUCGGAAGCAUUCCAUAAAUGGGUACGCCUUUCAGCAGGACGCUAUCACAUCUUUCAAUGGCUGGCAGUAUGUCGUCUUUUACAGUGGCUUGAGCUCUGACUCGGCCCCCGAGCCCCUUUACGUGCAUCUUGCCAGGAGACAGCUCCCAUCAGGACCAUGGCAAACAAUCGUCUUCCAAGACUACCCGCAAACUACAGAUGAUGGCCACAAUACGGUCCAGAUGGGCAUCUGCCCCGGAGAUGGGACUAUUCACCUCUCCUACGAUCAUCACUGCGAUGUCUUAAGGUAUCGAUACUCGAUACGCGGCAUCGCUCAAGACCCUGCUGCCUUCGCCUGGUCCUCGUCACUUUUCACUCCAACCCUGGACUAUCUGCCGGGGCUCCCCAGCUCCCACAAGCACUUCAGCUACGUGACCUACCCACGCCUCGGUGCCCUAGGGGAGGACACCAUGUUUAUGUCCCUCCGUGACGGCAAAGCUGGCCUUGGUUCUGACCACUUAUACCUGUAUCGCUCCUCCACCGGCUUCUGGGAAUUCGUAGGCACCCCGUUGACGGGCGUGCAGAGCAACCCUUACGUCCAUGGCUGGGACUUCAGGGACGGCAAGCUGCAUGUGACAUGGGUUUACCGGGGCUUCGUGCACUAUGAAGGCUGGGAUGACCUCGAGGAUACCAAGCAUAAGCAGCAAGCUGGACCCAACGGGGCGGAAAACAACCAUAACAUGUGUUAUGCCUAUUCCGAGGAUCUGGGCUAUUCUUGGAAAAAUGGCAACGGGAAGGUGAUUGCUGACCUGAGGAAAGGAGAGACGAUCGACAACUCCUCUGAGGGUAUCGUCGCUUUUGACAUUCCCAAAGGAAGCGGCUUGAUGAACCAGGAGGCGCAAGCCGUUGAUCAGGAUGGCGGAGUGCAUGUUUUGAACCGUGACACCCUGGAUGGCAUCAACGUGUGGAGACACUACUACCGUGCUCCUGGCGGCACUUGGACAUCGAGGGCCGUCCGCCCCAUUGAUAAGCCGAGGCGAGGUCGGAUGGCGGUCACGAAGACUGGCGACUUGCUGUUCAUUCUGCCGCAUACAGCUGCGCCAGUAAUAAGAAUAUUGAAGGCGGCGAGAUCGAGCGGGUACGCUGAGUAUGAAGACGUCUGGGUGGGCAAUGGUCUGUCAGGAGAGCCACUCAUUGAUGGUCCCAGGCUGGAGAAAGAGAAUGUUCUUUCGGUGCUUGUCGCACAAGAUGUGGAGGGCAGUGGAGGCAAAAGAGAUUUGUCUGUGUUGGACUUUUCGGUAUGA